AUGCGGUCGUUAUCCCUGUGGACCAUACUGGUGCUCGGCUUGACCUCCUGCUUCGUCGCUCAAGCAAACAGAGGUAAUAACAACAACAAACGAGACUGUCUCUCCACUUCUGAUUCACAUGGCUACCUAAUCGCCAAAGCAGGCGAGACGACCGAGAUCCUCACCUCUCGCGACGACUCGUCAGUGGUCCACCAUGCCGCCUCGAGCUUUGCCUCGGACCUAAUGCACAUGGUCCCAUCCUGCAACGUUGUCGUUCGCAACGUCACGUCCGCCUCGAUCCGGCAGCAGCAAGCGGACGCCAAAGAACGCGUGAUCGUGGUGGGCAGUGUGGAUUCGUCCAGCCUGUUGCGCGAGCUCGUGUCGGUGGAUGCGGCCGUGGCGAAAGAAGCCGAGCGCGUCAAGGGCCAGUGGGAGAGCUGGUCGUCCCUCGCGUCCGGGUCUGCGCUGGUGGUGAUGGGGGCGGAUAAGAGGGGGGCUGCGUAUGGGCUGUACACGCUGAGCGAAGAGCUGGGGGUUAGUCCGUGGAAGUGGUUUGCCGACGUACAGCCCACCGAGUCGCACUCUGCCGUGUACUACAGCCCUGCUUCCUCCGGAGAUACCUCGUUUGGUUCGAACGCUUGCUCUCACGGUCCGCCACUGGUCAAGUACCGCGGCAUCUUUCUGAACGACGAAGCGCCCGCCUUGACCAAUUGGGCGCGUACGCACUUCAAGGGCCCCUUCCCACCGCACUCGGCACCGCAGUCGUUCAACGAUGCCAUGUACACUCAUGUGUUCGAACUGCUGCUGCGUCUCAAAGCCAACUUGAUCUGGCCGGCCAUGUGGUCCGACUCGUUUGCAGUUGCCGGUCUGCCCGACCUGCCCGGCAGUGGCAUGAACGGCACUGACGCAGCAGGCCCCAACCAGCGUCUCGCCCAUCGAAUGGGCAUCGUCUACGGUACAUCACACCAAGAACCCAUGGCGCGCAACACACCAGAGUGGAACACCUGGUACCACGGCCCCUGGGACUACACCAAGAACCAGGAAAACAUCACGACCUACUGGAAGUACGGCGUCGAACGCGCACAGGGCCUCGACACCAUGUAUACCAUGAGCAUGCGCGGCAACGGCGACAAGGCGCUCGAGGGAGCCAACAUCGAGCUGCUCGAGACCAUCAUGGCCAAGCAGAAGAGCUUGCUGCCGCAUGACGAUGCAUCCAACUCGAGCAAGGUGACCGUGCCCAUGAUGAUGUGUCUGUACACAGAGGUGCAGGCGUACUACAAUGAAGGGCUACAGGUUCCCGAUGACAUCACGCUGUUGUGGACCGAUGAUAACUUUGGAUUUAUCCGGAGGAUCCCAACGGAGCAGGAGAAGAAGAGCAGGUCCGGCGGUGCUGGUCUUUACUAUCAUGCAGACUACGUCGGCCCGCCUCGCUCGUACAAGUGGCUCAACACGGUCAACCUGAUCAACGCGUGGGAACAGCUGAAUGUCGCCUUUCUCAACGAGCAAACCGAGAUCUUUAUCCUCAACGUCGGCGACCUCAAACCCGUCGAGGUGCCCAUCCACUUCACGCUCAACAUGGCUUACGACAAUACGGCGCUGCGUCACGCCGCCAAUGUCUCGACCUGGCUCGACACCUGGGCCGCAAAGACAUUCGGCACGGGAGCUGGCGACGAGCAUCUCAAGGCCGCCGAGGUGGUGCGCGGCUACUCGUGGUUGAACUCGCGCAUCAAGCCGGAGCUGUUGAACGCGACGACGUGGAGUGUUGUGCAGCAUGCCGAGGCGGAGGCGGUGCUGUCGCGGUGGGCUGAGCUGGUUCGGGUGGUGGAGGACGAGUUGAUGCCGUACUUUAGAGGGAAGCAGAAUUGGGAUGCGUUUUACCAGCUGGUUGCGUAUCCGACGCUGGCGAGUGCCAAUCUGAACAAGAUGUACGUCGCCGUCGGUCGCAACAACUUGGCAGGCACGCAGGCCAAGAACUCCGGUAACUACUGGGCUCGCCUCGCACGCUCGCUCUUCCAACACGAUCAGGAACUCACCGCCUCCUACCACGCACUGGGCAAUGGCAAGUGGCAGCACAUGAUGUCGCAGCCGCACAUGGGCAGCCAGUACUGGCAGCAGCCCAUGCGCAACAUGCUCCCACCUCUGUCCUACGUUCACGUCGAGGACGAGGCCUGGCCCAAUACCGCUCUUGGCAGCAACAUCCGUGUCAGUGUGGACGGGAGCAUGGGUGCUUGGCCGGGCGACAACCAGUACAACUGUGCCGACGGCUACAACUGCCCGGACCCGAGUUUGGUGCCGCUGAGCAGGUACGACGGUAACCAGCACAGGAGGGUGUGGGUCAGCGCGGGCGAUUCGAAUGCGUUUGCCUUCAGCGCAACUACCAACGUCUCGUGGCUUCACGUCUCGCAUCGUCUGACCACUCUGGGAUCGAGUUCUGCUUCCAACAGCAGCAGCAGCAGCAGCAGCUUUCAAAACAUGGAAAGAGCGACGAUGCUCGACGUGACGGGGAAGGAAGGAGCAAGGCGGUUCGAACGACGCAGUGAUGGCGGAUUCAAUGCGGGAGGCAACUUUGACGAUGAGGUCGAGGUCUCGGUGCAGGUCGACUGGACGCAAUUCGAUGCGGUGAGCUGCAUAGAUGCUGGCAGGAAGAUGCACGCGGGCAUGGUGUACAUCAACACGACGAGCGUGGCUGCCGAGCAGUACGUGGGCAUGUCUGCGCCGACCAAUGUCACCGUGUCGCUCACCGUCGACCCGUGUACGCUGUCGUCUUCGUCUUCGAUUCCCAAGGGUACGUUUGUCGCGUCAUCAGCCGACGGCGCCGUCUCGAUGCUCGCCGAACAUGCCAUCGUCGAACCAGCUCGCAACACCACCUCGACCCACACCUACCUCGAGCCCCUGCCCGGCUAUGGCCUGCUCGGCUCAGCUGUCACCGUGCUCCCACCCACAGCCGACUCGAUCCCCACCGGCGACGGCCCCUCCCUCGCCUUUGACUUCCUCGCACCCUCGAAUUGCAACGCAUCGUCGUUCAACGUGACCCUGUGGCUCAGCCCGAUCCUCAACUACCGUGACAAACGCCCACUCCGCUACGCUCUCGAGCUCGACAGCGACCCAGCUUCGCGUGUCGAAGUUAAACCAGUCCCGGAAAACAUCACGCCCGGAACCAACUCGGCAGAUUGGGGCAACGUCGUCAGCGCCAACAUCCGCAAAGUCACCACGACGGUGCAGACCAAUCACACCGCCGCGGCUGGUCAGAAGCGUACACUGAGAUGGUGGCCCCUGGAGCCCGGACUGGUGCUGGAAAAGGUCGUCGUGGAGCCGCAGGGCAAGAUGAGUGCGCUGACCAGCUUGGGGAUGCCCGAGAGCGGACGGGUGGGCAUGGUGUGA